AUGAACACGAACGCAGAAAAUCACACCAUGAUCAGCAACAUAGUAACUGUUGGUGCGUCUACUAAGAAUGGACUUCUACCGUUUGACAUUUGGUCGAUGGUUAUUGACCAGCUUUGGGGAAAAGCCAGGGAGUACAAGGAGGACAGCAAGGGCGGUGAGACGAUGUGGGUGCAAGAUCCGCUCUUCCAGACGUGGCUCAGGGAGCUUCGCACGGUCUCGAAAUACUUCAACAAGAAGAUCACAACACUCGUAUAUGAGAAGGUAGUCUUUACAAACGACAAGUUGGUCCGCUACGACCCUAUGUCACUCCAAGAAAAAUUCAAGGCCGACACGAUACAAUACGCAAAACAUAGUUCCUUUGCGCCACAUCUCGAGGAGUCUUAUAUGACAGAAGUUAUAGAUGUUAUUUCGAAGGGAAAACAUGUGGUCGAGGUCCAGUGGAACAUUGGAAUCCAACAUACAGAUGUAUCAUUGAUGUGUAUCCAGGCCAGUCUUCAUGCGUUCCUAAAAAGAACAGUACGCUGCGAAGUUAGAUCACGCAGGUUCUCACUAGUCCCCGGUGGACAAGAUUAUGAUAAUCAUCAAGUCAGAUUCAUUGCAACCGACCUGAGUGGGAAGUUGAUGAAGCGUAAGACUCUGUAUCAGGACUCACGAAAGUUGGAAGAUCCACCACAACUUGGCCUCGAUUCCUCUGUCUUCGACCCUCUGGCAAUUGCUCCAGUACUGAAGCUCCAUAUCUGGUGCGUGUGGAUGAUGCCUAUUUUCAUCACUUCUCAUGCCUGCCCGAUCUUCAGACAGCUACCAGCGGUGUCUAAACUUAACUUGAAAAACUAUCACUGGGACCAUACGGCGGAGAACUAUGGACAAAUCUGGGACUUUUCCGACCUUCAGGAUUUGUGCCUACACGGGAUCGUUCUGACCAAAUUCUUCUUAACGGUGUCGCUGGAGGCUUUAGCCAAACUUCGCAGACUUCGACUUACUGCUGCUAAUUACCCAACUCUAUUUGGAAACAACCUCAACGAUCUGCAAGCCGCAAUUCGAAAGCUUCUUGGUGAAUAUAAACAAUUAGAGAAGCUUAAGCUUAGAGUCAAACGUUGGCAAGAAAUCUUUCCGCCACUACUCAUUUGCGAAUUUGGUCAGAGUCUUGUAUAUCUGUCACUUCGGGGCUGGAGCUAUGCUGGUGUACAUCUUUCUUUGCAAGAACUUAGAAGGAUCCGUACGGCAUGUACCAAUUUGCAUACACUAGGUGUAGAUUUGCCUAAACUUAAAGAUACGCACGAACACUUUUUGCAGAAUAUCGGACGCUUCGACACUGCAACCACCAUAUACCUCUACGUUGUCGGCGGUUUUGAGGCCAAUGGAGUGGAAGCAGGAAGUACGGAUCCGGACUACGACCAAGCCAUGGUUCUUCUACCAUAUUUGAAAUCUUGCAAGUAUGGGAACUCUCUUCAAUGCUGGCAGGUAGAAGCAGAAGGCUGCUGGCAAGUACAGAGAGACGGCCAAUACUUGGAGAAGAGAGGAUACUGGUUGGGCGAACGGUGCUUUACAUGUAAUGUAAAUCUUAAAGGUGACACAUAUACUACGGGAAGCAAAAGAAUUGACGAAUUCAUCGACCACGAGGAACAUCCCAGCGACGAUGACAGCGACGAUGAAGUUCCCGGCGAAGGUCAAGACGAUGAAGAUCUCAGCGACGAUGGUACCGACCUUGAAGCCACAGACAUAGUAGAAGGAGGGGCUGCUGGAGUAGAGACCACAGCAGAACUAGGGGGUAAUUAAAUAGCAGAGGAGCCUCGUAGACCAGACUUUUGCAAGUGAUGACGUACCGUCUUUUUGAGGGAGAGGGUUGGGGGUACUCGAACUUGGC